GAAACACAUUUGCUAAAGUGAAAUUAUGGCUCAAUUGGAAAUUAAUCAUUAUACUUCAGAAAUGGCUAAUUUCCCAGAUGCAGGAAUAAUAAAGUGGUCAUUGAUAUUCUCGCCGAUGACAAUGAUUUUUCUAUCGCUAGCCUAUCUGAGCUUCGUCUACUUCAUUGGCCCGCAAUUUAUGAAAAACAGACAACCGUACUCGUUGAAAACGUUCAUGCAGUUUUAUAAUAUUUUUCAAAUUAUUGCAAAUUUUUGGCUAGUGUCCAACAUUUAUAUAUAUGGUAGACCAAUUGCU